UAGUUAAGGGCCCCUACAAAUUUUUGUCGUGUUGGUCUAGCGCCAAGACAUCGAAAUACUCAGCAUAAUGCUAACGAGAUAUUCUCACAUUGGUACUUGUCAGAAGAAUACGUUAUUUCAAUCCGCUAUGCAUUAAGGUGUACAAUCCCUCACACAGUCGCUGAUGGUUAUUCACGCGAAAGAAAGGAUGCAGCAACACAGUCGGUUGCUGAAACGUUUGUUUUCUUUUUUUCUUUUUGCAAUUUCACAAGGCAACAAAGGCAGAGUAGAAGGAAGAGACGGUAACUGCGCAAAGUAAUCGCUGCUUGCCGGCGUGUCGCAGACCGUGCCAUUCCGGUGGGCGCUGGCGCGGAAGGGCAAGAAGAAAUCCAAGACCAAGAAGAAGACCGAGCUCACCCCCGAGCAGAUGAAGAGGAAAGAGGCUUUCACUGAGAGCGUGGCCAAGAACCCCGUGCGUCACACUCUCGGCUGCCUGCCCACCGUGGUCGGCUUCCUGUUCAUGUUGCCCGUGUUCACCAAGAGGCUGUGUGAGGAGCUCACCUCGGGAGCUAAGGAGUUGAUGAGCAUCAACGGCCUGUCGGAGAGCGCCUACUGGCUCGCCAACCUUAUGGGCGCCUUCUUCGAGAUGGCGCUCGUCCAGGCGCCGCUCAUCUGGCUCUUUCGCUACGACCCCUUGAGUGGAGCCAUCGGACUGUGGCCGCGCAGCGACUUCUGGGUGCUCGUCGUGUUCUUCACCAUCUACUCUGCAGCCGCCUCGUGUUUCGCUAUCAUCAUCGCUAUCGUCAGCCCCAGACGUAAGAUUGGAGCUGACGCAAAGUCUUGGCGGACCCCCGAGUAA